AUGUUAUACUACGGGUUUUUAUGCUUAACAAUAUUGUACACAGUGCUAAGUGUACAAACCGAAAUUCCGGCUCAGGUUGUUACGUUAUUGGAUAAGAAGUCAUAUGUUGAAUACAAAUUUAUUGAAUGGAACUACUACGAUGAUGGUCCACAAUUAAUCGUACCAAUACGUUUCCGUACUCGAUCAAUCGAUGGACGUCUGAUAAUGUUAUCAGCACAAGGACCUGAAGGAAGCAUAUUCAUUCUAUCUGCAUAUAUCGACAAUACAGCGGUUAUUGUUGAUUUAGUCGAUGGUCACGGGAAACUCAUCAAGAAAACUCGGGAACAGUUACCCGGCGCAAAUAAUGGCAUGGAAUAUUCGAUGUCAAUUCAGUUAAAUUUGGAAAAGAAAAUGUUAAAAAUGAUUUAUAGUGAAGGAAUGAUGGAUUCGUAUGAUUUUACUGAUAAUAUCAAAGUUAAAAAUCGUAUACAACUUGUUAUUACAACCGGAAGUAGUGGUAACUUUUAUUUUCUUCUCCAUUAUAUUUGGACAAAUAUUCGAAAUAUUUUCCUCAUUGUUGGAAUGCAACUUCUUUCGACCUACAUGUAUAUCGUUUCUUAA